UUAGGUUCCAAGACACUGAAAGCCUAGGAAAGGGGAUGGCUAGUGAGUUUUAGAUCAUGUUGAACCCUACAUUUGUUCCAUGGGAUGUUGCACAUCCCUUAUACACCUAUGGAUCCAUCUGCAUUGUUGCAUUAAUUAUCUGGAGAUUCAAAAAGAGCUUCCAAGAAUUAAGGUUGGGACCUAACAGGACCUGUCACCGGUGCCAUCAAAAACUCAAACAAAAGUCUGGAGAGAGAACAUCAAGAGCUGGGAGAACUUACCAGGAGGAAGCCAAGAAGCUGCAGAAUCUGAUCUCUGUCAUGAAAAGCAAGGGCUGGCUUCCUCAGGAGGGAAGUGUGCGGCGAGUCCUGUGUGCAGAUCCCUGCUGCCAAAUCUGCAAUACUGUGGCUCUGGAGAUUCAGCAAUUGCUGGUUGGUGGGAACAAGCUCUCCCCAACUUUACUGGAGCCAUUGCAGGGCUCCUCUGGCUCAGAAAGGACUAUGUCUAAUGUGUCUCUUGAGCAAAGUAAGGAGCUGGAUUCCAAGAGCCUCAGGGAGCUUUCAAUGUCAACUAUAACUCCAACAAGGUCACAAUUAAUGGAUCAGAAAUCUUUAACCAAAUCAGCUGCCCAGUCAACCAACUUAAUCAGUGUCAGAGAUUACCAGGCUGACCAUCCCCCACGAGGGCAGGAAUUUCAAAUUGCAGAUGGGUACCAGGAUGUAGGAGCUCUGUCUUCUUCAAGCCUUGAGGAGCCUGGAAUUCCUCCAAACCAGAAGGAGAGAAAGAACAACUCCAAAUCUGUCAGCAAGGACAAUCAAGAAGAUCCAGAAGUUGGCUUGGGAGAUAAGAUGAAGUUCUUUCUACACUGGAUUAACCCUGAAGUGAAAGAUCAAAGUCAUGAGGAAUCCAUUCUCAUCUCUAAAUCUGCACUAUUGGUCAAAGCCAGUACAAGAAAGGUCGAGACGUAUCCAAUCCCCACCAAACACCCUGUUGGGGGAGCUAACUUGGAGAAGACAACAAAGAAGCCGAAGCCCAGCCACAUCUUCUAUUAA